CGACCGGAAGUGACGUCAAGCUGCGACGCCAGCGCCUGCCGCUUGCCGCUGCGGGAGGCAUUUGGUCUAUCUGGAGACGGCGUCUCUCACCGGAUGGUUGCUAGAGUGGGAUCAUGACGGGAAAGAAGUCUUCCAGGGAGAAGCGGCGCAAACGAAGCGGUCAGGAGGCGGCGGCGGCCCUCGCGGCGCCGGACCUGGUCCCCGCCGUCGGCAGCAGUGGCAGUGGAAGCACCAGCGGCUGCGGGAGCGCAGGCGGCUGCGGGAGCGUCACCUGCUGUGGGAACACUAGCGUGAGUGGGAGUGUCACCGGCGGCGGGAGCGGCGGCAGCUGCUGGGGGGGCAGCAGCGUGGAGCGCGGUGAGCGUCGGAAGCGGAGAAGCACUGACUCAUCUUCCAGCGUCGCCGGCUCUCUGCAGCAGGAGACCAAAUACCUUUUGCCACCUCUGGAAAAAGAGUUAUUCUUGGCAGAGCACAGUGACCUUGAAGAAGGUGGAUUAGACCUGACUGUGGCAUUAAAACCAGUUAGUUUCUAUAUAUCAGACAAAAAAGAAAUGCUUCGGCAGUGUUUCUGUAUCAUAGGAGAGAAGAAGUUACAGAAGAUGCUUCCUGAUGUGUUAAAGAACUGUUCAAUAGAAGAAAUUAAAAGACUUUGCCAGGAACAGCUAGAGCUCCUGUCUGAAAAAAAAAUUUUGAAGAUUCUUGAGGGUGACAAUGGUAUGGACUCUGAAAUGGAAGAAGAAACAGAUGACAGCUCUAAGAUGGUAUCUGAUUUAGUUAAUCAACAAGAUAGCUGUGUAGAUUCUACUUCAUCCCUGAGAGAGAACAAGCAACCUGAAGGUUUGGAAUCAAAACAAGGCAAAGGGGAAGAUAGCGAUGUACUCAGUAUAAAUGCAGACGCUUAUGACAGCGACAUAGAAGGCCCCUGUAAUGAAGAAGCAGCUGCUCCUGAGGUCCCAGAAAAUACAGUCCAGAGUGAAGCUGGUCAGAUAGAUGACCUGGAGAAAGACAUUGAGAAAAGCGUGAACGAGAUUCUGGGACUUGCAGAGUCUAGUCCAAAGGAGCCCAAAGCCGCCACUCUGACUGUUCCUCCGCCGGAAGAUGUUCAGCCUUCGGCGCAGCAGCUGGAGCUGCUCGAACUUGAAAUGAGGGCCAGAGCUAUUAAAGCCCUGAUGAAAGCUGGUGAUAUAAAAAAGCCAGCCUAGUUUAUUUAAGUUGUGUCUAAAUAUUGGAUGUGUUUGAGCAAUGCUACACCAUAUCAUUUUGUAUCUAAAGUUUAUUUGGUGUCUUACCUGAUAUUUCUCAUAUAACUCUUACUAGAUAAACUCAUCUUAGGUCUAAAAUACAUGUUGUUGUUGUUGUUACUUUUGUAUUAUGUAGUUGUUUUUUGAAUUCAUGACAUAUAUCAUUGGGUAAUCUAGAUACUUUGUUAGAUGAGUAUUUAGUAUAUCUGCAAAUUAAUAUCUGAAAAGCCAUUAGCUAAAAAGAGUCAUGAUAUUUUUUUCCUUUAUUUUGAAAUAUUUUGGCAUCAAACCAAAAAGUUUAUGAAAGAUUGAUCAAGCAUGUUGCCUUCAGGCUACCUAUAUUUUGCAAUAGAAUAUUAAAUUAUUGCUUCUAGGUAUAUUAACAAUUUAAGUUGGGUUAUGUUUAUAUGCACUUUUAAAAUAAGUACCAUUUUGAAGAUGCCUUUUAUGGGUAUAGACUUAGUAAAAACUGAACAACAUUUUUGUUACAAGACGGAGAUCCAAAAUGGCUGAGCAAAGCUUUUUUAUAAAAAAGGGGAAAAAAGGAUUUAGUUUAAAGCAUUUUUUAACAACGUCGAAUUAAUUGUCCAACUGUAAUUCCAGCAAGCAAGCCAUUCUAACAGGUAUUUGAUACUGUUGAACUCUUAGUUCAGUUUUUUUCCUUCAAUGAAAAGGGCACACAUUUUCAUUUACAUUCCAGGCAGUUAGGAGAAGGAGACUAUUUUAUUGUACAGGCUUUCAUCUGAUGUUUUUGCUUGAAAAUCUUAUGUGCUAUAAUUCCAUGAGUUAAAAGUCAUUAAGACUAUCAUUCUGGAUCUGAGGACUUUUGAUAGAUUUCCAAAAAUGAAUUUAACUUCAGGAAGUUUUGAUAAGUGGAUGUAAUAAUUAAUCUAAUUUUGUAUAGUUUUUGUAAAUAGAUUAACAUCCUGCCACAAUUAUGAAUGCUUUCUGUCCCAUCACUAAUUGUAGUUGUUUGAUACCAAAAUAAAUGUAGGUAGAGACUCUUAACUUAAAAUAAAUUUUUUUUUGUAAAAUAUAAAUCUGAAACUGUUGUUUUUAUAUUUGCUAACAAAUAUAGUAUAUUUAUAAGGCAUGUUCUGUAAGUGUUGUGUGAGGAUUUUCCUUAUACACAAAAGAACUUAGAGGGAUUGUGUCUUUUUAGCUGGCUUAAUUAUAUAUAAAUUUUAGAGGAUCUCUUUUGGAAAUAGUACUUGGGCUUCCCUGAUAGCUCAGUUGGUAAUCUGCCUACAAUGCAGGAGACCCCAGUUCGAUCCUGGGUGGGGAAGAUCCGCUGGAGAAGGGAUAGGCUACCCACUCCAGUAUUCUUGGGCUUCCCUUGUGGCUAAGUUGCUAAAGAAUCUGCCUGCAGUGUGGAAAACCUGGGUUUAAUCCCUGGGUUGGAAAGAUCCACUGGAGAAGGGAAAGGCUACCCAUUCCAGUAUUCUGGCCCAGAGAAUUCCAUGGAUUGUAUAGUCCAUAGGGUCACAAAGAGUCAGACACGACUGGCUGACUUUCACUUUCUUUUUCACUUAUGGAAAUAGUAUAUAUGAAACACUGGAGUAGCAGUUACAAGUUCAUUUUUGUUGUUCCUGAACAUGCCUUUAAAUAAUCCUGUCAUUUUUUUUUCUUGCUGAAUCUUUGUAAUGAAGCACAGAGGCCUGUAUCAUUUGAAAUGCUUCUCUUAGGCUGAUAAACCUGGGUGUGAUUUAAAUAGUUCUCACAGUUACUGCUUCAAGAUGAAAAAAAUCAGUUUCUAUUUCCACUUAUACUAAAAGUUAAAAUGAUAACAAAGUAGUGCAGAAUAAACUUUAUUGCUACUUACUAAUUAUAAAAUGCAGUAGAUGACAUUUGUGUGAUCAAACAUAGAGGAGAAGAAAGAGGUCUGAGUGCUUUGUAGCUGAUUAAAGUCACCACCUUCAUGAAGCAUUGUGUGCCUGCUCUAUUCACUGUGCAGAAUGCUUUAGAGUACAUUUGACUAGAGUGGGUGUAUGGGAGGAAGAAUGAGUUGAACAAAUUAGGCUACUUAGAUUACUACCUUGGAAAAUCAACUCUUUUUUUUUUUUUGUAAUGUUAAAAGACAUGAGAGGUUUUUGCAAAUGAGUGGCUUUAGAGAAUAGGAAUAAGGUUAUUUUAGAAAUGCCUAAGUAAUGGGUAAACACCAUAUAUUGAUCUAAUGCUGUCAUUUAAUCAUCAGCUCACAGGUAUUUAUUGACUCCCUCUAAGGUGUUUAGUCUUGUUCAGAAUCUUAAACUGUUAUGGUGUAGGAAUGUUAUGGUGUAGAUUUUAGCAUGGAAUAGACUGAUUAAUAAACAUGAGUGCUGCUUCA